AUGACCAUAACAAGGAUAGGUUGUGAAAAAGAAGACUUUUUUCAAAAUAUACUUUCACGAGUUACUGAAGAAUUUUCAAGAGCGUUCCGUAUUAGUGAACUCAAGAGAGAGGUUCUGGAAAGGCUGACUGCAUUGGAAAGAAGACUUGAAGUUGAAGGUCAGAAAGUCAUUGAAAUAGACAAAUUUAAAAAAGACUUGAAGAAACUUCGAGAUGAUAUGGAUACAAAAAGCAGCAGGCUCAACUGCCCUUGUAAAUAUUACUACUCAAAUGAAAUGAUAAACGUGAAUCCACGUAGAGAUGUCCCAACAUAUCCAAAGUACACUCUGUCCUCUGAGACCAUAGAGGCACUAAAGAAACCCACGUUUGAUGUCUGGCAUUGGGAACAUAAUGAGAUGCUAAGCUGUUUGGAAUACAUGUAUCAUGAUCUUGGGCUUGUUCAAGAAUUCAAUAUGAACCCGAUUAUUUUAAAACGUUGGUUGUUAAGCAUCCAGGAGAAUUACCGCACCAACCCCUUCCACAACUUUCGUCACUGCUUCUGUGUGGCGCAGAUGAUGUACGGAAUGAUUCACCUCUGCAAUCUGCAGGAUCAAAUAAGCCUGAUUGAUUUAGGAGUUCUCAUGACUUCUGCUGUGUGUCAUGAUCUGGACCACCCUGGAUAUAACAACACGUAUCAGAUCAAUGCCCACACCGAGCUUGCAAUCCGGUACAACGAUAUCUCUCCUUUGGAAAACCAUCACUGUGCCAUCGCCUUUCAGAUUCUCGCUCAGCCUGAGAACAACAUUUUCUCAAAUGUCAGCCCUGAGCUCUUCAAACAGAUCAGACAGGCAAUUAUUCGCCUAAUUUUAGCAACAGACAUGGCAAGGCACGGGGAUAUCUUGGAAUCAUUUAAACAGGUCACGCCGAUCUUUGACUUCAGUAAUGAAGACCAUGUGAAAACUCUGCAGAUGAUGUUGAUAAAAUGCUGUGAUAUCUCCAAUGAGGUCCGACCCACUGAAGUUGCAGAACCGUGGGUUGAUUGUUUAUUGGAGGAAUAUUUCAUGCAAAGUGACCGUGAAAAAUUAGAAGGUCUUCCAGUCACUCCGUUUAUGGAUCGCGAUAAAGUCACAAAGCCCAAAGCUCAGAUUGGAUUCAUAAAGUUUAUUCUAAUCCCCAUGUUUGAAUCUGUAAUGCAGCUCUUUCCGCAGAUAGAAGAAGUAAUGGUUCUGCCUUUACGGGAAGCCCGAGAUCACUACGAGCAGCUGAUGGAAAUAGAGGAGGCCAUGGCUGAGGUAUUUCUAGGGGACAUUACACUAAAAAGAGAAAUGAAUGUUGUUUUUAUUCUGUUUUGA